AAAUGCACGUGCAAAAGACUUCUGAUGUCGUCACACCUGUUACAGGCACAAAAACUUCGACUUGAAAAAUAUUCUUUCGAAUAGCACGUACACUACAACUCUGAAAUUUCCUGUCCAAUAUACACACCCACCCGAGUUCUACGAUGAAAUUCACGUUGUCCAUCCUUUGUCUCGUUGUCGCUUAUGUGUUUUCCGCCGAGGCAACGUCUCUUCGUGGAAAAUCUAUUCCACGAAAGGAAACAUUGAUGCAGGCCUUUCUAUCAGCAGCACAAUCUGGUGAUCGACGUUUGGAUCAAUACAACUACAACCAGUACGCCACUGAUGACAAUCAAAACCAGGGCGAUGACCAAGUCGACGAUUCCUAUGGCGACGACUACGUCUUUUACGACGAUUAUGCUCUCCAAAAUUGCGAAGAAGGCGAUGAAGACUGCGAAACGGUAGCAAAAUACACUGCGUAUGAUGAUACGUACUUGGCAAACUGCGAAGAAGCAGACGAGGACUGCAAUAAUGCAGCCGCCUAUAUGACUGCGAAGAAAGCCAAGGAGGAAGAAGAACUGAACAGCAACGAAUGGAGUUUGAGCAACCUGACCGACAAAUACAAUUCCAUGUCGAGAAGUUCGAAGACUUGGACGAUUGUUCUGGCUGUGUGGUUUACUGCUUUGUUGGUAACGACAUCGUAUUUCUGCUGUUGUCGGCAGAGUCUCUCGCAGAGAGAGAAAUCUCGUGGCAGGAGGUUACGAGAAUCGUUCUUGGGAGGAAACAGAAGGGGAGACUCCGACGGGGCCAAGACGUCGGACGAACGAAAACGUGGGAGAUCGAAAUUCAAAUUCUUUGGACGCAAGGGCAACAAAAGCAAGAGGGGCAAUAGCAGGGGCCCCGUCUAUUGAGUUAUUCAGUCGGAUGUAGUUCGUCACUUCCCUAGUUGAAGAUAACAUUUUUUUCACUGCAAGUACUUGCUUAUCAAUCAAACUAUUUUCUAUUU